UCCAUCCUGAACCAACCCUCACCAACUCCCUUUACUCGAAACCAUCCCAACCAAACACAAACCAACAAGCCCAAUCCUUGAUCCAAGCGAACCCUCCCACCCACCACACCACACAAACAAGAAACCUCCACCCCGAAAGAGAAGCAAAAAACCAAAAAAAUGACCUCCCCCCACCUCAAUUACAUGCGCACCUGCCUCUCCCUCGCGGAAAAAGCGCCCGCAAAACCCACCAACUUCCGCGUGGGCGCUCUGCUUCUCUCACGAGAUGAGAGCGACGCAACGCUAGAAACGAACGACCGGCUAUUAGCGACGGGGUACACGAUGGAGCGGGAGGGCAACACGCACGCGGAGCAGUGCUGUCUGGCGAACUACGCCGCGACGCAGGGUGUGACUGCCGAGCAGGUAGCCGAGGCGCUGCCCGACGAGGCCGGCCGGAAGCUGGUGAUGUAUGUUACGAUGGAGCCGUGCGGGCGGCGGCUGUCCGGGAAUGCGCCGUGCGUGGAGCGGAUCAUUUCAACCAGAGAUGAAGGGCGGAGGGGUAUUCAGAAGGUGUACUUCGGGGUUAAGGAGCCUGGUACGUUUGUCGGGGAGUCGGAGGGGUGUCGGCGGUUGACGGCUGCUGGGGUUGAGUGGGAGGUCGUGCAGGGGCUUGAGAAGGAGAUUCUUACGGUGGCAACGGCCGGGCAUGAGGAUGCUGAGGCGGAGGUCCAACGGGCGUUGGAGAAGGUCGAGACGAAUAUUGAUGAUAUUAGUGCUGAGGAGCGGAGGCGGCAGGCGCAGUUGCCGCGGAAUCCGAAGAAGAGGGUUAUGGAGGUUGAUUUGAUGGAGUGAGCUUUUUUAUGUAUGGUAUUCUUGGUUGGGGUUGGUGGGGUGUAGAUGAUUGAUGGUUGUGUAUAUAUGUGAAAUCCUGCAACUGGGACGGCUUGAUGCCGUGGGUGGUGCUGUACUCGGCUUCAACCUUUUCAACCUGUGCCUCCAGGAUCCUGCCUUCCCUGCCACAGCUGAUGAGGGCUUCGGGGUUUAACUCACACUUACACAGCGUCAGGCU